CAUAUCUAUUUGUCUGCGAGAAUAGACGGGAAGCUGGUCGUUCGUCCGUACACGCCGGUGUCCAGUGAUGAUGACAAAGGUUUUGUGGACCUGGUGGUGAAGAUUUACUUUAAAGAUGUCCAUCCUAAAUUCCCCGAGGGGGGGAAGAUGAGUCAGUACUUGGAGAGCCUCAGGAUCAACGACACUAUUGACUUCAGAGGACCCAGCGGUCUUCUCGUUUACAAAGGCAAAGGCGUUUUUGCAAUUCAACCAGAUAAAAAGUCCCCAGCUGAGACCACGACAGCCAAACAUGUCGGCAUGAUCGCUGGAGGGACAGGGAUCACUCCCAUGUUGCAGCUCAUCACAGCUGUGAUGAAGGAUCCUCAGGACCAGACGGUGUGUCACCUACUGUUCGCUAACCAGACGGAGAAAGACAUCCUGUUGAGACCAGAGUUGGAAGAGAUUCAAGUCAAUAAUCCGGACCGGUUCAAGCUGUGGUUCACCGUGGACAGAGCACCUGAAG